ACGGGACGGAUGGGCCUUUUCCGGUCGUCAUCCAGAGACAGCGGCAGUGACAGCAAGAGCAGCACCACGCGCGCCGGGGCGGCGACGCCAGGCCAAGUUACUCCCGCCACGUCGGGGCCGGCGACUCCCUCCACCAGCUCGGCAGACUCGGUCGUGGACAACGAGGCCUCGAUGGCGGCCGUCGAUUCCGAGAUCCUCAGUUCUAGCAGUGCGAGGCUGCGCGCGGAGUGCGCGGCGCUCGGGUGGGAGGCGGGAGCGCUCGAGGUGCCCGCCGCCGGCCGCACACCCUUUGCCGACUUCCGGCAGCACGCGAAGCUCGCGUCGGGCGAGUUUUGCGACGUGAGCGCCGCGGUCUUUCGGGGGUCGGACGGCCUCACCUUCAGGGUGGGAGUCAAGGUGCUCAAGGCGGGGCGACAGGUGACCGAGAUCGCCGUCUCGGACCUGCGGCGGGAGGCCGCCGUCCUCGCCCGGCUGCGCCACCCGCACGUCGUCUGCCUGGAGCUCUUCGAGGCGACGCUCAGCGCGGUCGUCAGUAGUCUCGAAUGUUUCUCCUUCUACAAAAAAAUCUCCUAA